AUGCGUGCACUGCGCGAACGUUUAGUCGACGAUGUCGAGUUCUAUUUCCCCACUGGUCCCAUUGAACUUUCGAAUGACAAAGGUCAAAGUGAUUACUCUGAUGAAGACUCAUUAGACGGGUCCUCUAUCACUUGGGGAUGGUGGAGAAUUGAUGAGUAUGGAGAUUCCAAAACUUUAGAACCAAAGACCUCAUACGAGCACUUGGCUUCCUACAUUCGCGAGCAUGGCCCUUUUGACGGGAUUAUGGGGUUUUCUCAGGGAACAAAUUUGGCAGCCAAUCUUGCGACCUUUGUCACCCUUCCGAAAUACCAAAAUUAUUUCGGUCAAAAGCCGUUUCGAUUUGGCAUGUUCUUUAGUGGAUAUUAUCGUGCCUUGGCUAUCGAUGGAGAAACUCAUAUAAUGAAAAUCGAAAUGCCCACACUCCAUUUUCUAGGAAAGUUUGAUAACGUGUUGUCCACCGAAAGCUCUACUACCUUGAUUCGAAUCUGUGAGGAUUCACAAGUGUUAUUCCACCCUGGUGCCCAUCAUAUACCCUCUCCUAUUGCUUAUGUAGAAGCCGCAGCUGACUUUAUAGACUUUUUUGGCCGCGAAGAUUGGCCACUCGUUUCGAAAAAUAUAUCUCUAAUUAUUCCUACACCAAAACCCAAUUCCCUUACUGUCUCCCAGCACACUAGUAUGCAUCAUCUGGGUAGCAACAAUAAUCAUCUGGAGAAAGAACUUAUUUCAAAAAUCGUGUCCCGGACCUCCAAAAAUGGAGUCAAUAUCGUUCUAAGCAAUCUUCAAAUGUUUAAUGAAUAUGAAGAUAUCCUGAAAAACAAAGUGUCUUCACUCGUGAUUACAGACGGUCAAGAGCCCAAGUCCUUUGAUGAAUCCGUUCACUAUGUUUCUACGUUCAAACAAGCUCUUAACAAAUUGAAGGCUAGAGAGGAUUCGAUUGGCCGUAUCUAUGUUAUUGGUGAUAAAAGGUUGUUGACUUUGGGCUUGAUGUGUCGUUGCACGAAGCGCAUCAUAGCCGUAACGGGCGCCAAAGACAAGUUUCAGAUGGAUCCUUCGGCCAAAUCGUCUCAGAUACGUCAGUGGACUGGACAAAGCCGUUUAAAGCAUUUGAGUACUGAUGAAUCCGGCGAACCCGUGACGAUGAAGCUGCAAAUGUGGGAACGCUUAUAA